GACCGGAGCCAAUCACCGAGGGUUUCGCGGGCCAAAGUCAGGACUUUUCAAGGUGCUUGCGCCAUAUGCAACCGAACUACGCAAGAAGUCCGUGCCUUCGUUCCAGACAAGAAGUUGGGAAGGGUUGCGGUGCCGCUCGCAGUGAUUCGAAGCAAUGCUGCUAGCUGCUACAGCCACUCCACGUCAUGUGAGAUGGGCCCGUCUGAAUCAACACAGGCCGAGAUAUCCACUCCCAAGGUCUCCAGAUGUAUACAAACCGAGUUGGAAGGCUUCCACAAGUCAUCCUCAGCCCCAGAAAUGCCACUGGCAGUGCCCUUAGUGCCGACAAAUUCAAGAGGAGCCGGCUGUCCAGUGCAGGGACAUGCGAAAGUCGAUGAUGCUGUGGCAGGUGACGGCAGACUCAAUAUGGAUACCAACACAUCUCGCAACGUAAAGAGAGCGAGCCCUUCCUCCGUGAAUGUGUUUUUCGUGGUUAGUCCAUACGGCUGCGGCGUUUGCUCGCGCAGUUUCGAGGAGAUAGACGCCCUGGUCUCGCACGCACUCUCAUGUCCAUGGCCUGAGCCAUUCCAGUGUAGCCUGUGUUCAGAGCUGUGCAUGACGUGGGGUGCGACGCGGGAUCACCUCAUCACUCACGUCAACAGAGGCGUGGCAAAGUGCCCACUGUGCGAGCGCACAUUCGGCGAGCACUGGAACAAGCAGGCACAUGUCAGGGGGCACAUCGAGCUGCACCACGUGCCCAUCCGACCAUUCGUGUGCAACUGUUGCGAGGGCGCAUUCACCACAAGGUCGACCAUUUACACGCACAGCCGUGACUGCCGCGCAAGGACGCAAGUGGUCGAUAAGUACCUGGGCUCCAGCGAGAAAUGUGAUCUGCAGGCUCGCGCUCCCCUGGCCACUACGGUGUUCAAGUGCUCUGUUUGCCUGACCGCAUUUUUGGACCGUUCGGUGAUAGCGAGGCACAUGCGCGUUCACCUGAACCAGAUGCAACACAGUAGAACAGGUGAGGUUGCAGUGCCACCCGCAGUCAUGCGAUGCAAUGCUGCUACCCGCUACAACUGGUCCGCAUCGUGUGAGAUGGUCGCCUCCACGUUAACACAGGCCAAGAUACUCACUCCCAAGGUCUCCAGAUGUAUACAAACCGAGUCGGAAGGCUUCCACAAGUCCCCCCCAAACCCAAAAGUUCCACUGGCAGGCAAAGUGCCCUUAGUGCCAACAAGUUCAAGAGGAGCCAGAUGUGCAGUGCAGGGACAUGCAGAAGUCGAUGAUGCCAUGGCAGGUGACUGCGAACUCAAGAUGGACGCCAACACAUCUUUCGACGUAGAGACAGAGAGCCCUUCUUUCGGGAAUUUGUGUUUUGUGGUUAGUCCAUACGGCUGCGGCGUUUGCUCGCGCAGUUUCGAGCAGGUGGACGCCCUGAUCUCGCACGUAGUGGCAUGCCAGUGGCCGGAGCCGUUCCGGUGCGGCCUGUGUUUGGAGCUGUGCAUGACGUGGGGUGCGACGCGGGAUCACCUCGUCACUCACGUUAGCAGAGGCACGUCAAAGUGCCCGCUGUGCGAGCACAUGUUCCGCGAGCACUGGACUGACCUGGCGCACAUCAAGCGGCACAUUGAGCUGCGCCACGUGCCCAUCCGGCCAUUUGUGUGCAACUGCUGUGAGGGCGCAUUCACCGCGAAGUCGGACAUUCACAAGCACAGCCGUGAAUGCCGUGCAAGGAUGCAAGUGGUCGACAAUUACCUGGGCUCGAGCAAGAAACGCGAUCUGCAGGCCCUCGGUUGCCUGUCUACUAUGGUGUACAAGUGCUCCGUGUGCCUGACCACGUUUUUGGACCGUUCACUUAUAGCGAGCCACAUGCGCAUUCACUUGAACCAGAUGCAACACAGUCGAACGGGUGAGGGGUUCAAGAAGCAUCCCUUCAACAGCAGAAACCACAGGUCAGACGUUGCAUGACCCCAAAGGUCAAGCAAGGAGUCGAGGCAUUUUCAUAGGGCUUCAUUAGAGUAGAGGUUGCUGAAGACCACAUGCUGUGAGAACAUCUCUAAAGCCACACAGACUGAGUUGAGCUCUUCCGCAAUCUCCAGCUGGACACAGUGCAAAGAUCUGGAAGACUGUGAUGAUGUUUUUUAACUUCCACUGCAAACUGUUUGUGCACUCCCGUGCAUUUUCAUGUGAUCAUACAUGAGUGCUGUCAACAAGUUAUUAAACUAGUGUUUCGCUAAAGAAAAUGUUUUGUAGAUUGCAUGGGCAAAAUUAAUACACAAGUGAAAUACUACAAACGUGAGACUUGCAGCAACUGGAGACUUUGCAAGGUUAAGAAACAAUAACAUGAAGAUACGACAAUCACAUUAUCCGAUUUGCUCAUUGUUUGCUUGGUAGUGAUGUUAAUGCAAUACUUUGUGAAUGUGCCAGAAUGACAUUCCAUUCUGAAAAAACCAAGGACCGGAUGUACAAUGAGUUUUGAGGACCAACUCUCCUUUAUCACUGUUACCUCUUUUAGCCCUUAGUGAUAUGCGUUAUGAUUGACUGUCUAUAAGUGCGUGAAAUUUGCAUAAUUUGAUGCCAACCUUCUGUAGACCAAAUUUCAAGCAAGUGGAAGUGUUAAAAUGAAUUAUAGUCUAAUUUACAGCAAUUAAUCAAAAUUAAAACAUAAAUAAUUAUCUUAUUAUUCAACUGUAAGUCAUGCUAUAUUUCUUUGUAAAGCAAAUUUAACAACUGACUCAAAUUACAUUCAAUAGUUAUCUUCUUGCAGCGAGCAUUCCUAUGUAGGUAAAAAAUAUUUUGAAAUUUCCUGCUGAAACACCUCAUGUCCAGCAACUCGUUAAACACGGUACUGCCUACACCAAAGCAAUCGUGUAGCAAAAUAUUUCAACCAGGAGUGAUAUAAAGGAACUUUAGGUAACACAAGGGUUUAAUUUAGCAUUAGCUCAAUGUCUGUGGUCUAUUCCUUGCCAAUAGUGCACAGAAAUGGCAAAAGGAAAUUGUGUCUCCAAAUGCGGACGGGGUAUCACAGGGUUAAUCGAGGUCUCGGAUCUGAGCACAGCUGCAGUACAGCUGUGUGCAGGCACUGUACAGUUUGUGGCAAAACUGAGUUGAACGUUUGUAACACUGGGCUCAGUAUGAACUGAAUUGAAGACUUGCAUGCGCUGCUUUACGAGCGCAUUGCAAUGUGGCAAGCAAGAAGGUUUAAAAAAAAAUUCGUGGG